AUGCCGAUCGCCGCGGGCGCGAACGGCGCCCUCGCCGUCAACUUGGGCUACCAAUUCAAUUACGCGCUGCCGUCGAACCUGAGCCAGCUCGAGCCGACGGGCCCGCGAGGCCGCGUCCGCCGAGGAGCCGAGCGGCCUGGCACGGGCCUCGACCUCGUCGACGUCUACCUGUCGCUGGAGGACACGCUGCAGCGCCACGGCUGGGGAGACGCGCGCCAGUGCAUGCUGAGGACGAUCUGCGAGCUUGCCGAGGCGCCACUUCACGGCAGGGCCGACCACGUCCUCGAGGAAAUCAUCCACUUGCUGCUGACGCCGUCCGAGGACGGAGGCGGCGACGGCCCGUUGCGCCAGUACGAGCAGGCCGAGCUGCUGGGUCGCAGCGGAGCGGGCCAAUGCGGAGCGACCUACGCCGGCUGCCUGGGAUCGCCGCUGGACGCGUUCACCGUGCUGGCCGCGCCGCCCUGAGCUCGCCCCAAGUCGCGCGGCUCUCUCGGCGCACAUGCCGAUCGGACCCUGGAGUCCCCGGCCGGAGCGCGCCACCGUAAAGCCCGCCUCCGAGUUUGUUCCGUGGAAAUGCGAUUAAAGCCGAUGGUAAACAGCUGUACUUUCGACGCUCGCCCGAGCCACGUAAAUAAAUGCCCUCUGCACACCCACGCCUGCUUUUUGAUUGUUCGCCACACGACGCGGGCACCUGCGCCACUCACUUCGCUCGGCACGCGCAAGUAACCGGCGCGAACG